AAAAAAUUGAAUUGGUUAAGCCCAAACACAUGCCCGCAUAGGAGGGAAGGGGAUAGAUAACAAACAUGAGUUCCAGUGCACAUCUUCUCUCUCCAUUCCCACCACCACUAUCCAAUCACUCUUCAACCCUUAGAAACUCCCCACACCGUCUAACCCCAUCGCUAAAUCCUCAAGAACUCAACGCAAAGCCCUCUCUGCUCAAGAAUCUACUCUCCUUAUCCCUUGCCUUGGCCCUAACUUCUCCGCUACCUUCUCUAGCAACCCCUUCUCUCAACUCCCCACCUUCUUUGCCCACCACUCCAUUCUCUCAAUCCAAGAACUUGCCCACAGGGUUGGACAAUGGGAAAAUCAGACCUUGUCCAUCGAUAAACCCUGGUUGCGUUUCAACGAAUCCACAAUCAUCAUCAUUCGCAUUCCCUUGGAGUAUUCCUGAAAAUAGUUCAGGCAAUGCUAUUAAGAAACUAGAAGAUGCUAUUAUGGAAACACAGAAAAACGCAAAGAUUCAGGUUGUUGAAGAUAUCCCAGAUGGCCAAUAUUUGCAAGCUGAGAUUGAUGGAGGGUUUGGUCGAGAUGUUAUUGAAUUUUUGGUGAAAGGAGAUAUGGUUGCUUAUAGAUGUAUGGCUACAAAGGUAACAUAUGUAUAUCCUUUCACCACAGCCUUGGGGGAUUCAAAGGGGCAAGAACAAAGAAUGAAGAAGAUCCUGGACCAGUUGGGGUGGUUAUCUCCAAGUUUUGAUUCCAUGGAUUUGAACUAUUGAGUUAUGUAAUUAUGUGUUUUACAUAGCCAAAUUGAAUCAACCCUUUAAACAACAAUUCCGAUUCAUCCAAUUUUAGAUAUCUGUUACAA